UGCAGAUCAUAGAUAAAGCCUCAAACUUAUCGAGCUCAUUCCAAAGCCCAAAGAACCGCAUAGUUCGUGACGUUCGUGUCAAUUCGUGCGUGCUCGUGCCGCUCGUGUCGCCUUCGGUCGCUUGACAGUUCAUUCCGGCGGCGGAGGGGGUCGGUGAUCGUUCGCUCUACCCCUCCGUUGAUCACGAUCAUCCACCGAAAAGCGAUCCUAGAGCAGUAAGCGAGUGGUAGCGAUCGAGUGGCAGGUACCAAUCGACCCGGCAUGGGCGAUUCCUUGGACGGCUCCGGGGAACCGUCCCCGGAGUCGCAGAACGUAGCGAUCGUCGAGUACCCGACGUUCGCCAACUAUCUACGUAAGGCCGUUACCGUGCUGCUACCGGACGAGGAUGUGGUGCCGCCCGCGUUCAGCCUGGCGCUCGACGACCGCUGUAACCAGGAUUGCAUCCGCAAGUUCCUCGGCGACUCGCAGGUCAGCUCGCUCUACGUGCAGAGGAGCUCGAGCAAAGAAGAAGAUAGUGGCGAGGGAGAUGAAGACAAGGAGAAUGCCACUUAUUAUAUAUCAAAUGAGAUACACUUUUCAAAUCCAAAAAUGGCCUCCCUAGUUCUAACAAAACGUAGUCUUGUUGUCGAGGCUGAUAAAUCCAUUCAUUCGCAAGUGCGUCUGAUUACGUUCUCUGAUGGGCCACCGUACGAAACUUUGCAUGCGAUUAGCAAAACCAUGGCACCCUAUUUCAAGAGUUACGUGAAGGAAACAGGUCGCGCCCAUAGGGAUGGGGAUAAAAUGGUACCAUUAGUGGAGAAGAAGAUUGCAGAACUUGAAAUGGGGCUGCUGCAUUUACAGCAGAAUAUCGAUAUCCCUGAGAUCUCGUUACCGGUUCAUCCGAUUGUCGCGCAAGUUAUUAAACAAUGCGAGGAGGAGGGUCGUAAACCGAAAGUCGCAGAUUUCGGCGACAAGGUCGAGAACUCGACAUUCCUGAAUCAGUUGCAGAACGGUGUCAACAAGUGGAUAAAGGAGAUCCAGAAAGUAACGAAAUUGAACCGUGAUCCGGAAUCGGGUACGGCCCUUCAGGAGAUAUCGUUCUGGUUGAACCUCGAGAGAGCAUUGCAUCGCAUUCAGGAGAAACGGGAGAGCAUCGAAAUCUCCCUGACGCUCGAUAUACUCAAGCAUGGCAAGCGGUUUCACGCCACCGUCAGUUUCGACACUGACACCGGCUUGAAACAAGCGCUAGCUACCGUCAACGAUUACAAUCCACUGAUGAAAGACUUUCCGAUCAAUGACUUGCUGUCGGCUACUGAACUUGAACGAAUACGUAGCAGUGUGCAGCAGAUAUUCAUGCACUUGAGGAAAAUCAGAAGCACCAAGUAUCCCAUUCAAAGAGUGUUGAGAUUGGUAGAGGCUAUUUCGAGGGAUUUAGGACAACAGUUGCUCAAGGUGCUGGGUACAAGACGCCUGAUGCACAUUCCAUUCGAUGAUUUCGAGAAAGUCAUGGCCCAAUGCUUUGAAGUGUUCACCACUUGGGAUGACGAGUACGAUAAACUCACAGGAUUGUUGAGGGACGUCGUGAAGAAAAAGCGCGAUGAACACAUGAAGAUGGUAUGGAGAGUACUGCCGGCGCACAAGAAGUUGCAGUCGAGGAUGGAGCACAUGCGCCGCUUCCGACGUCAGCAUGAACAACUGAGAACUGUGAUAGUCCGCGUGCUCAGGCCUACCGUACGCCAGAGCAGCAAUACUUCCACGAUGGAGAACGCUGAUAACGACAACGUGAAGGUGGAAUUCGCACUGGACGCCGCCGACGCCAAUGCUAUCAGCGAAGUUAACUUGGCGUACGAGAAUGUAAAGGAAGUGGAUUGUCUGGACAUUACCAAGGAAGGACAGGAAUCCUGGGACGCCGCGGUGCACAGAUACGAGGAGCGUAUCGAGCGCGUGGAAGCGCGGAUCACCGCACACCUCCGAGAUCAAUUGGGCACGGCCAAGAACGCCAAUGAAAUGUUCAGGAUAUUUUCACGAUUUAACGCGCUCUUCGUACGGCCGCAUAUUCGAGGCGCUAUUAGAGAAUAUCAGACGCAACUUAUACAGCGAGUCAAAGAUGAUAUCGAGGCUCUGCACGAAAAGUUCAAGGUUCAAUAUGCGCAAAGCAAAUGCUGCAGAAUGAGUAUGGUGAGAGAUUUGCCACCUGUAGCUGGAUCGAUAAUAUGGGUCAAACAAAUCGAUUACCAAUUGACAAUGUAUUUAAAACGCGUCGAGGAUGUCCUAGGCAAAGGAUGGGAAAGUCAUAUCGAGGGUCAGAAACUGAAAGCCGACGGAGAUAGCUUCCGUAUGAAACUGUCAACGCAAGAGAUUUUCGAUGACUGGGCACGCAAGGUGCAGGCACGAAAUCUUGGUGUAACUGGACGUAUCUUCACAAUCGAGAGCGUGCGUUCAAGAACAGGGCGCGGCAAUGUGCUGAAACUGAAAGUGAAUUUCCUUCCUGAGAUUAUUACGCUAUCUAAAGAAGUGAGAAAUUUGAGAAACCUCGGAUUUCGUGUGCCUCUACCUAUCGUGAAUAAGGCUCACCAGGCGAAUCAGUUAUAUCCCUUCGCUAUCAGUCUCAUUGAAAGCAUCAGAACUUACGAGAGAACAUUGGAGAAGAUCGAGGACAAAGCCAGUAUUAUUCCUUUAGUCGCUGGUAUGCGUAAGGAUGUCUUAGCAUUGAUUUCCGAGGGUAUCGCGCUAGUUUGGGAGAGCUACAAACUCGAUCAAUACGUGCAGCGUUUGUCGGAUGCUGUCGUGUCGUUCCAAGAAAGGGUCGAAGAUCUUUUAGUUGUAGAAGAACAAUUAGAUGUGGAUGUUCGUUCUCUUGAAACGUGUCCUUAUUCCGCAAACACAUUCGCCGAUAUACUGUCAAAGAUACAGAAAUCAGUAGAUGAAUUAUCUCUGAAGAAUUAUUCCAACUUACAUAUCUGGGUGGCAAGACUCGAUGAAGAAGUGGAGAAAAAUUUGGCUGCCAGAUUGGAAGCUGGAAUAAAAGCGUGGACUGAUGCCUUAACCGGUCACAAAAAGGAAGUAGAUCUGAGUAUGGACACGGACGCUCCUACACAGCCGACGCAUAAACCCGGCGGCGAUCCUAAAAUUCAAAAUCAGAUCCAUGAAGUCCGAAUUACCAAUCAGACUAUGUAUUUAUAUCCUAGCAUCGAAGAUGCAAGGUUUCAGAUAACGCAACAAUUAUUUGCAUGGCAAGCAAUUGUUACUUCGCAGGUCCGUCUCCAAAGCUCGAGAUAUCAAGUCGGACUGGAUAAACCUGAAUCAGGCACAUACAGAAAUUUGCUUACAAAAUUACCUACUGGAAAGCAACCGUUGGAGGCAGCAUACGAAGCGGUUGAAUCCAAGAUGAAGGAUGUUGCAGAUUAUGUCGAUCAAUGGCUACGUUAUCAAGCUCUUUGGGAUCUGCAGCCAGGCAAUCUUUAUGGCAAAUUGGGCGAAAAUAUUAACUUAUGGAUGAAGUGUCUCAACGACAUAAAGAAGACAAGAACUACCUUUGAUACUUCCGACACAAGACGUGAAUUUGGACCUGUGAUUAUAGACUUUGCGAAGGUGCAGAGUAAAGUAUCCCUAAAGUACGAUUCGUGGCAUAAAGAAACUUUGGGUAAAUUCGGGACACUUCUAGGUAACGAGAUGGCGAGCUUUCACUCUCAAGUAUCGAAAUCUCGGAGCGAUCUAGAACAGCAAUCCAUCGAAGCAGCUAGUACAUCCGAUGCAGUCGGUUUUAUAACAUAUGUGCAAUCUCUGAAACGUAAGAUGAAAGCGUGGGAGAAACAAGUAGACAUAUAUCGCGAAGGUCAAAGAAUACUCGAACGUCAAAGAUUUCAAUUUCCAUCUUCUUGGUUGCACGUGGAUAAUAUAGAAGGAGAAUGGGGUGCAUUUAAUGAAAUAAUCAAACGCAAGGAUACCAGUAUUCAAACUCAAGUGGCGUCCUUGCAAAUGAAAAUCGUCGCUGAAGAUAAAGCGGUUGAAACAAGAACUACCGAUUUCCUCAGUGACUGGGAAAGGGGUAAACCGGUGGAAGGCCAUUUACGACCAGACGAUGCUCUGCAACAGCUGCAAUUAUUCGAGAGUAAAUUCGCUAGGCUUAAAGAAGAGAGGGAUAAUGUAGCCAAGGCCAAAGAGGCAUUAGAAUUGCAAGAACCAGGUGGAAUAUCGACCAGCGAGGAUAGAAUGCAGGUGGUAUUUGAAGAGCUACAGGACUUGAGAGGAGUUUGGUCAGAAUUAUCAAGAAUAUGGGCACAAAUUGAUGAAACGCGAGAGAAACCUUGGCUUUCUGUACAACCGCGGAAAUUGCGCCAGCAACUGGAUACAAUGAUGGCGCAGUUGAAGGAACUUCCAGCGAGAUUGAGGCAAUACUCGUCUUACGAAUACGUAAAGAAAAUGUUGCAGAGUUAUACGAAAGUGAAUAUGCUGAUUGUAGAAUUGAAAUCUGACGCGCUCAAAGAAAGGCAUUGGAAACAAUUGACAAAGCAGCUCAGAGUAAACUGGGUAUUAAGCGAGCUUACUCUCGGCCAAGUCUGGGACGUAAAUCUUCAAAAAAAUGAAGGUAUAGUUAAAGAUAUUAUUCUUGUAGCUCAGGGCGAAAUGGCACUCGAGGAGUUCUUGAAGCAAGUACGCGAGUCAUGGCAAACAUAUGAAUUGGACUUGAUAAAUUAUCAAAAUAAAUGUAGACUGAUACGUGGUUGGGAUGAUUUGUUCAAUAAGGUGAAAGAACAUAUCAAUUCAGUGGCAGCUAUGAAACUAUCGCCAUAUUAUAAGGUAUUUGAAGAAGAAGCUUUAACAUGGGAAGAAAAAUUAAAUAGGAUUAAUGCUCUAUUCGAUGUAUGGAUAGACGUACAGCGACGAUGGGUUUAUCUCGAAGGCAUCUUCUCCGGUAGCGCAGAUAUCAAGACAUUAUUACCAGUGGAAACAUCUCGUUUCCAAAGUAUUAGUUCCGAGUUCUUGGGACUGAUGAAGAAAGUCUCUAAAUCCCCUAUGGUUACAGACGUACUGAACAUUCCUGGCGUUCAAAGAGCGCUCGAACGUCUUGCUGAUCUUCUUGGCAAGAUACAAAAGGCACUAGGAGAAUACCUAGAAAGAGAACGAACUUCUUUCCCACGAUUUUACUUUGUCGGCGACGAGGACUUGUUAGAGAUUAUUGGUAAUAGCAAAAAUGUUGCAAGGUUGCAGAAACAUUUCAAAAAAAUGUUCGCCGGCGUAGCAGCUAUUUUAUUGAACGAAGACAACACGAUUAUCACCGGUGUUGCUUCACGCGAGGGUGAAGAAGUUAUAUUCCAGAAUCCGGUAUCUACAGUCGAUCAUCCCAAAAUCAACGAGUGGUUGUCGCUUGUGGAGAAAGAAAUGCGCGUAACGCUUGCCUCAAGCCUCGCGAAAGCAGUACAAGAUAUUAAACAAUUUAAGGACGGAAAUAUAAAUGCACAAGCGUUUAUGUCCUGGUGCGAUAACUAUCAAGCUCAGAUAAUAGUUCUAGCUGCACAAAUUUUAUGGUCAGAAGACGUAGAAGCGGCUCUUCACGAAGUGCAAGCAGAUCCGAGCAAAAAUUCGUUGGAAAGAGUUUUAAUACAAGUGGAAGGCACGUUGAAUGUCCUGGCUGAUUCUGUUCUUCAAGAACAGCCACCUUUAAGAAGAAAGAAGUUGGAACAUUUAAUCAACGAAUUUGUACACAAACGCACUGUUACCAGACGAUUAAUCGCUAAUAGAGUUUCGAAUCCAAAAGCCUUCGAAUGGCUGUGCGAAAUGAGAUUUUAUUUUGAUCCUAGGCAAACGGAAGAGCUUCAGCAGCUUACAAUACAUAUGGCAAAUGCUAAGUUCUUCUAUGGAUUCGAAUAUUUGGGAGUACAAGAUCGGCUGGUUCAGACACCGUUGACCGACAGAUGUUACUUAACAAUGACGCAAGCAUUAGAAGCUCGACUUGGUGGUUCACCAUUCGGACCUGCUGGUACAGGAAAGACUGAAUCUGUGAAAGCAUUAGGCCAUCAGCUCGGAAGAUUCGUAUUGGUAUUUAAUUGCGACGAAACAUUCGAUUUCCAGGCAAUGGGUCGUAUAUUUGUUGGUCUCUGUCAAGUGGGUGCGUGGGGUUGUUUCGAUGAAUUUAAUCGUUUGGAAGAACGAAUGUUAUCUGCCGUUUCUCAACAAGUGCAGACGAUUCAGGAAGCACUCAAGAGUCAGAUGGAAGGCAAGAAAGAAGGAACCCUCUGUGUCGAAUUGGUUGGAAAGCAAGUUAAAGUCUCCACCGAUAUGGCUAUAUUCAUCACCAUGAAUCCCGGAUAUGCCGGACGAUCCAAUCUACCUGACAACCUGAAGAAACUUUUCAGGUCGCUUGCUAUGACCACACCUGAUCGGCAACUGAUCGCCGAAGUAAUGCUCUUCAGUCAAGGUUUCCGAUCAGCAGAAAAAUUGGCGUGUAAAAUUGUGCCAUUCUUCAAGCUUUGCGAUGAACAACUUUCUAAUCAAUCCCAUUACGAUUUCGGACUACGUGCACUUAAAUCCGUGCUGAUUUCUGCCGGAAACGUAAAACGCGACCGUAUUCAAAAAAUCAAAGAAGGCAUGCAGAACCGUGGCGAAAUCAAUAUCGACGAAGCCUCGAUCGCUGAGAAUCUACCUGAGCAAGAGAUACUUAUUCAAUCUGUUUGUGAGACGAUGGUUCCCAAAUUAGUUGCUGAAGAUAUUCCAUUAUUAUUCAGUUUACUCAGUGAUGUAUUCCCCAACGUGAAUUACACUCGCGCGGAAAUGAAAGGAUUGAAGGAUCAAAUCAGGAAAGUUUGCACUGAAGAAUACCUAGUUUGCGGCGAAGGAGAUGAACAAGGAGGCGCUUGGCAAGAAAAGGAUUUGGUCGGUGAGACGUGGGUAGAGAAGGUACUUCAACUAUAUCAAAUUUGUAACUUAAAUCAUGGAUUAAUGAUGGUUGGCCCGAGUGGAUCUGGUAAAACAACGGCCUGGAAAGUGCUGCUUAAAGCGCUGGAGCGAUUUGAGGGCGUGGAAGGUGUCGCUCAUGUAAUUGACCCCAAAGCGAUUAGCAAAGAAACGUUGUACGGCGUGUUAGAUCCAAAUACUCGCGAAUGGACGGAUGGCUUGUUCACGCAUAUAUUGAGGAAGAUAAUCGACAACGUCAGAGGUGAAAUCAACAAGCGACAAUGGAUCAUAUUCGACGGAGAUGUCGAUCCGGAAUGGGUCGAGAACUUGAACUCGGUAUUGGAUGACAACAAGCUUCUCACUUUACCUAAUGGUGAACGCCUGAGCUUACCGCCGAAUGUCAGAGUUAUGUUUGAAGUACAAGAUCUUAAGUACGCUACCUUGGCCACCGUGUCGCGAUGCGGUAUGGUUUGGUUCUCGGAGGAUGUGCUGUCAACGGAAAUGAUAUUUGAAAACUACAUGCUACGACUACGAAACAUCCCAUUGGAAGACGGCGAGGAAGAUAAUCUUGGCAAAAAAGCUUCGGAUAAGGAAGACACUUUAUCACCUGCGUUAACGGUACAGAGAGAAGUCGCCAGCAUUAUGCAGAGUUACUUCGCGCCUGAUGGUUUAGUAGUGAGGUGCUUGGAGUAUGCCAUGAAGCAGGAACACAUAAUGGACUUUACGCGCUUGCGAGCUCUUAGUUCUCUUUUCUCCAUGCUAAAUCAAGCCGUUCGCAAUGUACUACAGUACAAUCACUCUCACAUCGACUUUCCUUUACCGGGCGAACAACUGGAACGUUACAUGCCCAAGUGCUUGGUUUACGCGCUCUUAUGGAGCUUUGCGGGAGACGCUAAAUUAAAAGUUAGAUCCGACUUGGGUGACUUUAUUAGAUCUAUCACAACUGUACCUUUACCUUCUCAAAAUAAUAUACCUAUUAUAGACUUUGAAGUAAACAUACAUGGUGAAUGGUUACCGUGGAGCAACAAAGUUCCUCAGAUUGAAGUAGAGACUCACAAAGUAGCUAGUCCGGAUAUUGUUGUACCGACUUUAGAUACCGUGAGACACGAGAGUCUGCUAUAUACUUGGUUGGCUGAACAUAAGCCUCUAGUGCUCUGUGGACCACCCGGUUCUGGUAAAACCAUGACUCUAUUCUCUGCUUUGCGAGCACUUCCAGACAUGGAAGUUGUCGGACUUAACUUCUCUUCCGCGACGACACCCGAACUGUUACUCAAAACGUUUGAUCACUAUUGCGAAUAUCGUAAAACGCCUAACGGCGUUAUACUCUCCCCGGUUCAAUUGGGCAAAUGGCUGGUUUUGUUCUGUGACGAAAUUAAUUUACCCGAUAUGGAUAAUUAUGGGACGCAACGUGUGAUCUCUUUCUUGAGACAAUUAGUAGAACACAAAGGAUUUUAUAGAACCAGUGACCAGGCAUGGGUCACUCUGGAAAGAAUUCAAUUUGUAGGUGCUUGUAAUCCACCUACAGAUCCUGGCAGGAAACCUCUCAGUCACAGGUUCCUGCGACACGUACCUGUUAUUUACGUUGAUUAUCCUGGCGAAACCUCGCUCAAGCAGAUUUAUGGCACAUUCACGCGUGCCAUGCUCAGACUGACGCCUAAUCUGAGAGGCUAUGCGGAACCUUUAACGAAUGCAAUGGUGGAGUUCUAUCUGGCCUCCCAGGAGAGAUUUACUCAAGACAUGCAACCACACUAUGUAUACUCUCCACGUGAAAUGACACGUUGGGUGCGUGGCAUUUGUGAAGCCAUUAGACCGCUUGAUAAUCUCUCCGUGGAAGGUCUAGUGCGUUUAUGGGCCCAUGAGGCUCUUCGUCUAUUCCAAGACAGAUUGGUGGAGGAGUCCGAGAGAGCUUGGACGAACAAGAACAUAGAUAUUGUGGCUCUGAAACACUUUAUGUCGGUUGAUCGAGAAAAAGCAUUGGCCAGACCAAUCUUAUACAGUAAUUGGCUGUCAAAGGACUAUGUGCCAGUGAAUAGAGAAGAACUGAGAGAUUACGUUCGUGCAAGGUUGAAAGUAUUUUACGAGGAAGAGCUAGAUGUGCCGCUGGUACUCUUCGAUGAAGUUCUUGAACAUGUUCUACGGAUUGACAGAAUUUUCCGACAGCCUCAGGGACACUUGUUGCUUAUUGGUGUCUCUGGUGCUGGUAAGACUACUCUGUCGAGAUUCGUUGCAUGGAUGAACGGCUUGUCUAUUUUCCAAAUUAAGGUACACAAUAAGUAUACUGGUGAAGAUUUUGACGAAGAUUUACGGCAAGUGUUGAGACGGUCCGGUUGCAAGGAUGAAAAGAUAGCCUUUAUUCUCGAUGAAUCUAACGUGCUGGAUUCCGGUUUCCUCGAACGUAUGAAUACAUUACUUGCCAACGGAGAAGUACCCGGAUUGUUCGAGGGUGACGAGUACACAACACUCAUGACACAAUGCAAAGAAGGUGCCCAGCGAGAGGGUCUAAUGCUGGAUUCCAACGAGGAAUUGUAUAAAUGGUUCACCGGCCAAGUUAUGAAGAAUCUACACGUCGUUUUCACAAUGAAUCCAAGUACAGACGGUCUGAAAGAUCGCGCGGCAACAUCGCCUGCGUUAUUCAACAGAUGCGUGCUGAAUUGGUUUGGCGAUUGGUCGGACAAUGCGUUGUUCCAAGUCGGCAAAGAGUUUACUAAUCGUGUUGACUUGGAGAGACCCAUGUGGAAGUGUCCGGACUUCUUCCCGUCCGUAUGCUCGUUGAUCCCAUCACAACCAACACACAGGGAUGCCGUGAUAAAUGCAUGCGUUUACGUUCACCAAACUUUGCACAAAGCAAACACACGGUUGGCCAAGAGAGGCGCCAGAACAAUGGCAAUUACGCCGCGCCAUUAUUUAGAUUUUAUUAAUCAUUUCGUCAAGUUGUACCAAGAGAAGAGAAGUGACCUAGAAGAGCAACAGUUACAUCUAAAUGUCGGUUUGAGUAAAAUUGCUGAAACGGUUGAGCAAGUAGAGGAGAUGCAGAAGAGCUUAGCCGUUAAAUCUCAGGAACUGCAAGCUAAGAAUGAAGCAGCCAAUGCGAAAUUAAGACAGAUGGUCAAGGAUCAGCAGGAAGCUGAGAAGAAGAAAGUGCAAAGUCAAGAGAUCCAACAGCAAUUGGCUAUUCAAACAGUGGCUAUAAAUCAGAAGAGAGACGAUGUCAUGGCAGAUCUUGCCUUGGUCGAGCCAGCUGUUGUUGAUGCUCAAAAUGCGGUGAAAUCAAUAAAGAAACAGCAUUUAGUCGAGGUUCGCUCCAUGGCGAAUCCGCCGGCGAUUGUGAAGGUCGCAUUGGAAUCUAUCUGCUUGUUGCUCGGUGAAAAUGCUAGCGACUGGAAAUCUAUCCGUGCGGUCAUCAUGAGGGACAAUUUUAUCAAUACUAUUGUCUCUAAUUUCAGUACUGAGGACAUUACUGAUGAGGUGAGAGAAAAAAUGAAGAACCGCUAUCUGAGCAAUCCCGAUUAUAACUUCGAGAAAGUGAAUCGUGCUAGUUUAGCUUGUGGUCCUAUGGUGAAAUGGGCCAUAGCGCAGAUUGAAUACGCUGAUAUGUUGAAGCGAGUUGAACCCUUGCGCGAUGAACUACAUUCUUUGGAACGACAAGCAGAAACUAAUAAACUAAAAGGCGAGGAAGUGAAAAAUUUGAUUGCUCAACUGGAGCAGAGCAUAGCGUCAUAUAAGGAGGAAUACGCUCAACUUAUCUCACAAGCGCAAGCCAUCAAAGCCGAUUUGGAGAAUGUGCAAGCCAAAGUGGACAGAUCAAUCGCUUUGUUAAAGUCCUUGGUUAUUGAAAGGGAAAGAUGGGAAGCAACGAGUGAAACAUUUAAGAGUCAAAUGUCGACGAUAAUCGGAGAUGUUCUAUUAUCUUCCGCUUUCUUGGCCUAUGCUGGCUAUUUCGAUCAACACUAUCGCCAAAAUCUUUUUACCACGUGGUGCCAACAUUUGCACCACGCAAAUUUACAAUUCAGACCUGAUAUUGCGAGAACAGAAUAUCUUUCCAAUCCGGACGAACGUUUGAGAUGGCAGGCGAACGCGUUACCGACUGACGAUCUGUGCACCGAGAACGCGAUUAUGUUGAAACGCUUUAACAGAUAUCCUCUAAUCAUCGAUCCGUCUGGUCAGGCGACGGAAUUCAUUAUGAACGAGUUUAAGGAUCGGAAGAUCACGAAGACCAGUUUCUUGGAUGAUUCGUUUAGGAAAAAUCUCGAGAGCGCUCUACGAUUCGGUAAUCCCCUUUUGGUUCAGGACGUGGAGAAUUACGAUCCUAUACUGAAUCCUGUGUUGAACCGAGAACUGAGACGAACAGGCGGACGCGUACUGAUUACACUCGGCGACCAAGAUAUAGAUCUCUCGCCUUCCUUUGUCAUCUUCUUGUCGACGAGAGACCCGACGGUGGAAUUCCCGCCAGAUAUCUGCUCACGUGUAACGUUCGUUAACUUUACCGUUACUAGAAGUUCUCUGCAGAGUCAGUGUUUGAAUCAAGUAUUGAAGGCCGAACGUCCUGAUAUUGACGAGAAGAGAUCCGAUCUGCUUAAACUUCAAGGCGAGUUUCACCUAAGGUUGCGACAACUGGAAAAGUCUUUGCUGCAAGCGUUGAACGACGCCAAGGGCAAGAUUCUCGACGACGAUUCCGUGAUCACAACUCUGGAAACUUUGAAACAGGAGGCCGCCGACAUCAGCAAAAAGGUGGAGGAAACGGACAAGGUUAUAGCGGAAAUCGAAACAGUCUCACAGCAAUACAUGCCUCUUUCUCAAGCGUGUUCAAACAUGUACUUCACGAUGGACAGCCUCAACCAAGUACACUUUUUGUACCAAUAUUCGCUGAAGAUGUUCCUGGACAUCUUUACGUCCGUGUUGUCUCAAAACCCGAAAUUAUCUGGUAUGUCGGAUUAUGGUCAGAGGCUUACACAAAUCACGCGCGAUCUAUUUGCCGUCUGUUACGAACGAGUUGCCAGAGGAAUGUUGCAUACGGAUAGGCUAACAUUUGCUCUACUGCUCUGUCGUAUUCAUUUGAAGGGUGUACCCUCAGAAUCCACCUAUGACAGCGAAUUUACAUUCUUCUUGCGCGGUAAGGAAGGCGUGCUUAACAUCCGAGCGCCUCCGGUACCUAAUCUCAGUUCAGAACAGCAGGAAGCGAUGAUGCGCCUAAGCAUAAGAUUGCCCGCCUUCAAAAAGCUCGCGGAAAAAAUCCAGGAGAACUCGGAAUUCGGCGCGUGGUUACAGUCACCUACACCUGAGACAUGUGUACCGAAGCUCUGGGAUGAGGAGAAGCCGUUGUCACCCACAGGAACAGCAAUGCAUCAAUUGCUGAUAAUACAAGCUUUCCGACCGGAUCGUGUGAUUGCAGCCGCGUCUCUAGUAGUGGCCUCUGCUUUCAACGAGUCCUUCAUGCCGGCCGCGGAGGCUGAACUCGAUUUUGCAUCCGUUGUAGAGGACCAAUUGAAAGCGACUGUGCCGGCUUUAUUGUGCUCAGUACCGGGCUUUGACGCUUCGGGCAGAGUCGACGAUCUAGCAGCAGAAUUGGGUAAACAAAUAGCCAGCAUCGCUAUUGGGUCAGCGGAAGGAUUUAAUCAGGCUGAUCGGGCUAUAAACAUGGCUGUGAAGGCCGGCAGAUGGGUGUUGUUGAAGAACGUACAUCUUGCUCCGCAAUGGUUGGUGCAGCUGGAAAAGAAGCUUCACAGUCUUCAGCCGCACGCUAGUUUCCGACUGUUCCUAACGAUGGAGAUUAAUUCUAAGGUGCCGGUGAAUCUAUUAAGAGCUGGUAGAAUAUUUGUGUUCGAACCGCCUCCUGGCAUACGAGCAAACUUGUUGCGCACAUUUAGCACCGUUCCCGCUUCAAGGAUGAUGCGAGCACCCAAUGAAAGAGCCCGUCUCUACUUCCUGCUCGCGUGGUUCCAUGCAAUCGUGCAGGAACGUCUACGUUAUGCGCCGUUAGGCUGGGCAAAGCAUUAUGAAUUCAACGAGAGCGACUUGAGAGUCGCCUGCGACACUUUGGAUACAUGGAUUGAAACUACGGCUAUGGGCAGGACAAAUCUGCCGCCAGAAAAGGUGCCUUGGGAUGCUCUAGUGACUCUUCUCUCUCAAUGCAUCUAUGGUGGUAAAAUUGACAACGACUUCGAUCAACGUCUCCUGGCUUCUUUUCUGCGUAAACUCUUCACUCCGCGCUCAUUCGAAGCCGAUUUUGCCCUUGUCGCCAAUAUCGAUGGCGCCCAGGGUAAUCAAAGACACAUCACGAUGCCAGAUGGCACUAGACGUGACCACUUUUUAAAAUGGAUCGAGUCACUCUCGGAUAGACAGACACCUUCCUGGCUUGGCUUACCGAACAAUGCGGAAAAAGUGCUUCUAACCACAAGAGGAACCGACUUGGUUUCCAAGCUUCUUAAGAUGCAGCAGUUGGAGGAUGAGGACGAAUUGGCGUAUUCGAACGAGGAGUCUCUAGAUACGCCAAGAGAAGCUGAAGCAGACGGUCGACCAUCUUGGAUGAGGACCUUGCAUAACUCGGCUUCCACUUGGUUACAAUUACUUCCAAAGAAUCUACCGACCUUGAAGAGAACAGUCGAGAAUAUCAAAGAUCCAUUAUAUAGAUACUUCGAGAGGGAAGUCAACAGUGGAGCGAAAUUACUUCAAGAUGUUAUCCACGACUUGGAGGAUGUCGUAUUAAUUUGUCAAGGCGAAAAGAAACAGACCAAUUAUCAUAGAACGAUGCUGUCUGAAUUAGUAAAAGGUAUUCUACCCGGUGGUUGGAGGAGAUAUACUGUGCCAAGAGGCUGUACAGUCAUACAAUGGAUUACCGAUUUUAGCCACAGGGUCUCGCAACUGCAGGAAGUCUCGCGUUUAGUCUCCCAAGGCGGUGCGAAGGAGAUAAAGAGUUUUCCAGUUUGGCUGGGAGGUUUGCUGAAUCCUGAGGCUUAUAUCACCGCAACCAGACAAUGCAUCGCGCAGGCUAAUAGUUGGUCACUCGAGGAAUUGCAAUUAAACGUAACUAUCGGAGACGGCGAUAACAUUGCCACGGAUGAUUGUUCCUUUGCUGUUACCGGUUUAAAACUACAAGGUGCGCAAUGUAAGGAUAAUCAAUUGUAUUUAACUUCGACUAUCAUGACUGAUUUACCAGUCACUAUGCUAAGAUGGGCGCGAUCAUCUACGGAGGAUAUCAGAAAGGGCAAACUGUCCUUGCCGGUCUACUUGAACAGCACUCGUACCGAACUAUUAUUUACUGUCGAUUUGAAUAUCGCUCCUAGUCAAGAACCGCACAGUUUUUACGAGAGGGGGGUUGCUGUAUUAACAUCCACCGCUUUAAAUUAAUAAUUGCUUAAUAAUUAAAACUGUUUAGAGCAAAUUGUAUCGUAUGUGAAGCAAAGAAUGCUAUCACGAUAAAUUAAAAACAGUUUACGACACAUUGCAUGUUACGUCGUUUGUAAAGAAAAGAAGGCAUAGUAACAUGUAACUCACUACAAACCUAAAGUAUAAAAACAUUAAAGAAAUAUAUAUUUUACACUGAAUUGCUUUCGUAUCUCCAAAAGAUUUUGUGCUGAUUGUAUAAUUAGGAACGAAUACUUUCGACGUAUAGAGCAUAAUUAAAUGUACAUCAUUCAUUUAUAAGAAUUAACAUUUUCAUGCAGGAGGUUGUAAUAUAUAUAUAGUUUAUUUAAUAUUGUAUACGUUCAGAUAUAAAUAUGUAUUCUGUAACAAAAGGAUUACAUUGCGUUUGCCCAGAUGUAAAUCGGUUUAUAACAUCUUACUAGCAUCUAAUAAAGUCGUAUUAUAAUAUCACUUUGUUUUCACUAUUUGUAAUCAACGUUCAGUUAUACAUAUCUUAUUUAUUUUUUAUGACCACUGUCUUUGUCGAGCCUAUA